UAUGGAAUAAGAAUAAUGCUCAAAAAAGCUGCAUCAAGGAGGCUUAAUAAUAAUGUCACCACUUUCAUUAUGACAGCGCCAUUUGUGCUCAACAGGACAAGUGCAAGCUCAUCAAACCAAAUUCAAAGUGUAAUAAAUAACCAUGAUUCCACAGGUCAUGUCUAAAUAUUUUAUUUCGCCAUGUCUUCAGAACUGAGCAAAUUGGUUAACCACACCUACCAAUAUGGACAUCACAAACUAUCGAUAUGAACAAUAGUGACCAACCGAAAAAGAAGCAAAAGAAAUUGAAAAAUAAACUCCAGCCUAAUACAAACAAGGGUCCGAGAGUAGACACCAGCAAUGACCACGGCGCCCGAGAGCCGCCGCUGUGCCCGCUUGCAGCCAAAGACUCGGAAUGGGUUGGUGUUUGUAAGAUACCCAGACCUCGCCAACCAUCUACAUCUCUUCAUGGCGCCGAGGAAAGAGAGCUACACAUUGUGAAGCGCGAAGAUGUUCCUGCCAUAAAACCAGUUAAUCUACUCUUUCCUGGCUUGUUAGAGAAAGAUCCAGAAACCGUUAAGGGCAUCUAUACUAAAUUGAUGUCCACGACGGAUGUCACCAAGCGAUUGGUAGAUCUCGGCCAAAAAGCAAAUUUCACGUUUAUGAACAAAACCGCACGAUUAAUACCAAGGGAUAAGAAAUGGUUGGAAUGCGUAACUGAAAACACCAAUUCGUUAGAUUCUUCUACAACAACUAUGCACAAUCACGAUAAUAAAAAAACCAGCGACUACGACGCCGACGCAGAAGGCACGGACGAGGAGGAGAAGCCGCCGGCGCCGAAGAAGAAGAUCAAAAAGAAGCGCUCCGUCAACACCCCCGACUGUGACAGCUACUCCACCGUGUGCCCCACGGCGGGGGAGACCUUGAAGGACAAGUCGGACAGUGAUUCUAAUAAGGCAGACAAGAGUCAGAGUAAAAAAGAUGAUAAAAAGAAAUGAAAUAAGUUCCCUUAUCAUUUGUAUACUUAACACUAAUUAACACUUGUAAAAAUAAAUGAAAACAGAUAUUGAUUUUAACUA